AUGAAAGAAAGCUCCAUACGCCACACAAAGAAUGUCACCCCCCUUAAUGGCAUGACCGGUCAAGAUGGUUUUUUGGGUUUUCCAGGGCUUGGUCUUCGCGAUUGGGAGGUUUAUCGGGGCAUCACCUUACAGUAUGCCGUACUCCGUUAUUCCGAGUUACGAAAACGCCGUUGCACACCCGAUCGACUCGUUGCAUUCCGACGGAAAGAUAAUGUUCACCGUCCCGAAGCCGUGGAAACCCCGCAAUCGCUGACCCCAUUUCUCCCUAACGGUCGCUCUGGAUGGCACCCAGUCUCGAAUUUGCUUCGGUAUAUCCGUCUGUUUCUCCGUGUCUACCGUUCUGGAUGGUCCCAGAUGCCAUGUAUCACCGAAUACUGUUCUCCACGCCCUGAAAUAUGA